AUGGAGGCACCUGCUUCCGCAGCAGAAGAAGCUGCAAAUAGUUCGCAACCAGAGCUCAUCAAGAUCAAAGUGAAGACUCUGGGACAGGCGUCUUACGAUCUGGAAGUCGAGUCAGAUGCUCUGAUAAAGGAUGUCAAGUCCCAGCUGACACAAGUCUCAAACAUAUCCGCAAGCCACCAGCGGCUUGUCUUCCGCGGCCGUGUCUUGAAGGACAACCAGCGCCUUUCCGCUUACAAUGUGGUGGACGCCAGCGUUGUGCAUCUGGUCACACGCCCGGUUGAUACCUCCCAGCAGCCGCCACAGCCGAGCCAGCGGGACCGGCUGCCCAACGGAGGCGCUGGGCAGUUCACUGCAAACAUGAUGGGAGCGCAGGGAAUGGGUGUCCCCAUGGACAUGAACGACUUCGGCUCAUUCAUUGCGAGCAUGUUGCACACCAUGGGGAUCCAAGGGGCAGUCCACGUCACCCACACCACUGUGCCAAGCGAUGCAGCAGGGACUGCAUCCCCAGAGCAAGUGGCCCAGGCAGUGGCAGAGCAGAUCUCACAGCAGGCCCGCCAGCAGAAUGCAGAGGCAGGCGGGGAGGCCCCUGUCCCACUUCUGUCGGCCCUGCGCACCUACAUGCAGCGCCUGAAUGCCAUGUACGAGGGUGAUGCGUCUGCGAGGUUCCUCAACCUGCCGCCCAUUGCAACAGGUGGCACGACGGUGUUCAAUGUGCAUCAGUAUGCAGCUGCUGCCCGCGAGUUCAUUGGCGAAUGGGAGGGCCCUGAUGAGGUUCGGCAGUUCAUAGCCUCCUCAGCAGAGCCUAGCUUCAGCCACUGGCAGACUCAAGCCGACCCCAGUGCUGAAGCCCAACAGACACCAACAGCACCAGCUGCCGCCCAGGGUGAGGCCACAGAGGGGCAGGACGGCGGAAGCAGCCAGCCGGCCGCAAGUGCUGCACAGCCCACUCCUGCACCAGCAGCGGAAAGGCCAUCGCGGCUAGCUGAGGCGGCGCAGGCAGCUGAGGGGGCAGCGCGGGCAAGUGAGACAGCUGCACGCGCUAUGCAGGACGUCGCAGCGCAGGCAGCAGCAAUGGCAGCGCAGCGCGACCCCCGCCGCAACGGCAUGGACAACCCCUUUGGCGAUUCCGAUCCCCUGCACCCCAGCCUUGCGCGCCUCACUGAGAUAGCCAUGCACCAGCUGAUGCGGGAGACUGCCAGGCACCUGCAGGCACAGGCAAUCCCCAGGAUCAUCCAGAAUAGGGUAGACCUGCAGGGACCCCUGCAGCAGGAGAGGCUCUUCACCAAUGAGGAGCUGGAAGGCUUGGCACAGGCGCUGCAUGCGGAGGGAACGCUGCUGCUGGAGACAGCGCGCGCGGUUUCAGCGUACCUGCUGGCCCAGCGCAAUAAUUCUCCGGCGCCGCUCCUGUCUGCGACGGCGUACCACCUGCGCCCGGACGGCAGCGCGCCGGCCAACACGGUGCCCGCGGCGCUCAGUAAUCGGCGACUGACGCAGGACCGCCGCAAUGCAAUUUUCCUCAACGGUCGACCGGCAGACGCCGCCGGCAAUGCCGCGGGGGCCGGUCAGGCGGCUGGAGUGGGCGGCAGACCACCACACACGGGCACAACCGCACGCCGAGGCGCAUUCAGAGGCCAGGUCGGAGGGCGCGGGACAGCCAACGCUGGACGCGGGGCUGGCAACGCGCAGCAGGCUCCCUUUGUUCUGUCACGGGGCUCGAUGGCCUUGCCAUUCCAGGCAAUCCAAGCAAUGAUGGGUGGCUCUGCGCAGAUCCCCAUCGGCGGCCGCAUGCUCCGCAUCAAUGAGCAGACAGAAGAUCAGGGGAAUACGAUGUCCAUCCAGAUCGAUGAGGGAGAUGCGGUCACUGUCAGUCUGGAGCCUCUGGUCCAGGCCUUCGAGAACGUGUUCUCCCAUAUUCCUGGCAUCGAACAGCUGCUCGGACCCCUUGGUCCUGGAGCCGCCAAUGCUCCGCCAACAGCUGCCUCUCCUCAGGGGGCCACAAGUACCGGGGCUGCCCCAAGCGGCUCGGCCGCUCCUGCGGCUGCCGGCUCCACAGCUGCCGGCGGCGCUGCAGCUCCCACAUCAUUGCCUGCAGCAACCUCUGCCACUCCUGAGCAGCAGGGCAGGGACCAGAGCUUCUCUGCCCAUCUGCCUGGGAUCAUGCAGCAGGUCAUUCCCAUGUUUCUGAGCAUGAUGGCGGCAACAGGGCAGGGGGGCACGCCUGGCACCGCAGGGCAGGCUGCAGGGGCCGCCCCCAAUGCGCAGAGGGGCGCCCAAGACGGCACCCAGCGCUUCACGCUGCCUCCCUUCAUCAUGGGCCCUGACAACGAGGUGCUGGUGGAUAUUCAGGCGAUAAUGCAGGGCGGCAGUGCAGCAGCCCAGGAGGCGAUGGGGCCAAUAUUGGACGGGCUUAUGUUCAGCAUGGGCCAGGCCGGCUUCCCCAUGGCCCCAGCGUCCGGCGGCCCACAGGGAGACCGCGGCGCACCAAAUGACAUGCCACCGCAGCAUCCUCUGCAGCCGGAGAGCCGGCGCGCCCAGUCAGCUGCUGCUGACAGGGCCCAAGGCGGCAGGCGGCGUCCGGGGGAGCACCCACUGGCAGAAGAGUCUGAUGAUGACGACGAUGAUGACGACGACAUCUCAGGCCUCAUGCGCGACUCAGACCCGGAGCUGAACCUGAACGGCGACUCAGACGAGCACAGCAGCCAGGCAGAGUCUGAGCCUUACUCAGAUUAUGAGGAGGAUGAUGAUGAUGAUGAGGCGGAUGACUCAGACGGUGACUCAGACGUGCCAGGCCUGGUGGAUGACGAGGAGUCAUCGGAUGGGAAAGACGUUGAUCGCAGCGAGGGGUGGCAGACUGCAGAGGAGGAGAGCGAGGAUGAGGCCGAGAGGCGCGGCGGCAGCGACCAUGGCCGCCGCGUCAGGAGCCGCCGGGAUUCGCCGUCCCCCAAGGAGGACAUGGCUGCCCAAGAAGAGCGCCCAGAUGAGGUCACAAAGGUGCAGGAGAAGCAAGCGGCUACCACGGCCACUGCAGCUCCCAGCGCUCCGCCGGCGCCCUCCAACAGCAUUCCUGUGCCGGCCCCGCACGCCAGGGCCGGCCCCCAGUCUUGGCCGCUGAGCGCCGAGCACUUUGAUGACUCUGUGUCCCCGGCCGCAUCGCCAUCCCCGUCUGCGCCGAUUGGCCUGCUUCCGCUGCCUCAGCGCCCCGGCCCCCCUCCUGCUGUCCUGGGCACCGGCCUGGCACUUCCCCAGCGCGGUGUGCGCGGCCGCGGACGUGGCCGUGGCGGCCGCUCAACCACCGCUGGACGCGGCUCAUCCAUGCCUGGGCAGACAGCAUCUGCAGCCGCUGGCACUGCCUCAACAGCACCACCUGCGUCCUCGGCGCCGCUGGACACUAACCGCGCAGCAGGCGUGGAGGAGAUUUCUCGCCAGGCUGGCAGCCGCACAGCACCAGGCUUCCCGCCAGAGAUUGACAGCCUGAUGAGCGAACUGUUUGGCGGUGGGGCAGGCCGCGGAGCCCCCGCAGGAGGUGCACCGCGCUCUGCUCGCGGCCCCGGAGCUGGCGGCUUGAUGGAUAUCCUCCAGUCACCCGCGUUGCAGCAGAUGUUCGGCGGAGGCCCUGGUGCGCCAGUCUCAGCAGCGCCUGUCAGCGGAGCGCCAUCCGCGGCGCCUGCCGGCAUGGGCCCGGGAGGGCUGAUGGGCAUGGUGAGCCAGCUGGCGCAGUCUCCGGCCAUGCAGCAGAUGGCGGAGCAGCUGGCCGGCCGCAUGGAUGCCGGUGGCGACCAGAGCGCGCCGUCUCUCGGCGGCCGCAGCCCCGGCGCUCGAGGCGAGGCUGCGCCGCCAGACUUUGGAUCCUUCCUGCAGCAGAUGCUCCCCAUGAUGUUGGGUGGGGCACCUGAGGCACCCUCAAGCGAGAGUACUGGACGGGCGCUGAGCGGGCAGGCCACCGACAGUGGCGAUGAGUUUGCGGCCCUCAAUGCACUACCCCCUGCUGAGGCCAGUCACUGGCGCGAGACCAUACUGGCAGACCGGAGAGCCCAGGCUGAUCGCCCAGCAGCUGCUCUGAGCUCCACCUACUUGGCAGGCUCUCGCAGUGCACGCUCUGCUGAGGGAUGA